GGGGGCGGGGCAGAGCAGCUCCGGACCUGCUCUCAGUCCGACUCAUCAGCUGAGCAUUGCUAUCUCGAAGCAGAGUCUUUCUCCACAGAGGCCUGACUGCACUGUCUUCGAGGCUGGAAUAGAAAUCAUGCCCGUGACUCUGGGUUAUUGGGAUAUCCGUGGACUGGGUCACGCCAUCCGCCUGCUCCUGGAAUACACUGAAACAGGCUAUGAAGAGAAGAGAUACGCCAUGGGGGACGCUCCUGACUAUGACCGAAGCCAGUGGCUGAAUGACAAAUUCAAGCUGGGCCUGGACUUUCCCAAUCUGCCCUACUUAAUUGACGGGCCACACAAGGUCACCCAGAGCAAUGCCAUCCUGCGCUACCUUGGCCGCAAGCACAACCUGUGUGGAGAGACAGAGGAGGAGAGGAUUCGUGUGGACAUUUUGGAGAAGCAGGUUAUGGACAGCCGCAUUCAGAUGGGCACGCUCUGCUACAGCCCUGACUUUGAGAAACGGAAGCCAGAGUUCUUGAAGGGCCUCCCAGACCAGCUGAAGCUCUACUCCGAGUUCCUGGGGAAGCAGCCAUGGUUUGCAGGGAAUAAGAUCACCUUUGCAGACUUCCUCGUCUACGAUGUCCUUGAUCAGCACCGAAUGUUUGAACCCACGUGCCUGGACGCCUUCCCAACCCUGAUGGACUUCGUGGCCCGCUUCGAGGGCCUGAAGAAGAUCUCUGCCUACAUGAAGACCAGCCGCUUCCUUCCAAGUCCUGUGUACUUAAAACAGGCCACGUGGGGCAACAAGUAGGCCCCUGCAUGGAGGGUCAGUGCUGGUAGGGAGGAUCUGUCAGUGAUCCUAUCACCCUGGACACUGACUGGGCCAUAGCUUGCUUCCAGUAACUUCUCUUCAUCAAUCUUCCCAUUAUUUUUCCUCUGUCUCUCCAUGAACUUUCCCUCUACAAGAACUCCUUGACUCCCCUUUCACUCGAGCCUCCAAAUGUCAGCCCCUUUGCCCUCAGCAAAGUCCUUUUCUUCCUAUGUUUCUUUCUGUCAUGUUUCUAACCAGACAAUCUUUCAUUGCACUUUGAGCAGCUUAGCCCAAAGAAAGCCCAAAGAUCCAUACUCCCUGGUGUGCAGGCUGGGUCUCCAGAGUAGGAUGGCCCGGCCUUGUUUGCUUUCUAGUAAAGUAUUAUCCACA